UGUGUUUCACGCUGCCAUUAUCAGUUGAGAGGUAAACCACGUGGAGAUUGAGGUCGGAGUACAAAGGAUAAACAUUGUGCAUUUCGCACACGACACAUUUCGAUUAUGUCUGAGAAGAUUGAGGUCGUUGUUAAGAACAUUCAGCAUGGGGAGGGACCCCACUGGGACGACACCACACAGUGCCUGUACUACGUGGACUAUUUCGUUAAUGACGUCCACAGAUACAACGCCGUCACAGGUGACGACAGCCGACUGAACCUUGGAGACUCAUCAGUGAGUAUCAUCAUCCCGCGCCAGAAGGGUGGCUUCGUGGUGAGCCAGAAGACAGACCUCGCCUUCUUGGACUCCUGGGACAGUGGCAAGGUUACCAGCAUUGCCAAGGUCGAGGCCGACGCUAAUAUGAUCAAUGACGGGAAGGUGGAUGCUUCCGGAAGACUUUGGUUCGGGUCUUGUGUCUGUGGUAAGGAUAUCCAUGAGCCUGAAGAUUGGCCAAAGCAUCAGGGCUCAUUGUACAGCCUGGAUGCUGAUGGGAGCGUCAAAAAACACAUCAGUAACAUCAGCAUCAGCAACGGCAUGGACUGGACUGACGACAACAGCGUCAUGUACUACAUCGACUCCAUUCCAAGACAGGUCUGGGCCUUCGACUUUGACAUCACAGCUGGGACUAUAAGCAAUCAGAGAACUGUAGCAGACUUCAGCUCCACUGAAAUCCAAGAUAUGGGGUACGCUGAUGGGAUGGCCAUUGAUACAGAGGGAAAAUUAUGGAUGACAUGUUUUAAUGCUGGAAAAGUUGUCCGAAUUGAUCCCGAGACUGGAACCGUGAUGAGAACUGUCAAGUUCCCAUGCGAAAAGAUCACGUCGUGUUGCUUCGGCGGAGCGGACUUCACCGACCUCUACGUCACAUCAUCGCAGUACCUGAUGACCCCAGCACAGGUGGAGAAAACACCACUGGCUGGGUCAAUCUUCAAGGUCACGGGGCUUGGGGUCCGAGGACGCAAGGCUAACACAUUUUCUGGAUAAGCGGUUCUCCGUUCAGUGCACUUUAAAGAACAAAGAUUGUCGAACACUUGUAAAACUGAUUUCGAUGUAGUGAUGUUUUUGUUCAGCCUUCAGAAGGACUACAGUUAGAACAAUAUACACGAUACAACACGUA